AUGUCUGACAUGAGACGUGAUGCACCAAUGUACUUGGUAGACUUGGUUCUCUCCGAACGGCCGUUACCGAGACGGCAAGAAGCAGAAACCGAGACCUUCACGUGCGGCGGCGAGCGUCAGAGUGCGUUGGUGACGCACGAAGAAGUGCAAAAUUGGGCCAAUGGGACCCAGGAGGCGAUCAUUUGUUCCAUUUCCCACGCCUGGGAAACCCGGGAACAUCCAGAUCCAUGUCGCCACCAAUUGCAGCACAUCGUCAAUCAUACGGGAUUGUACGGUGCUGCAUUCGAAGCAGACAUUUGGAUCUUCUAUGAUUACAGCUCGCUCUUCCAAUACGAAAGAACCACCUCACAUGAAGAGAAGAGCUUUCGAAAGGCGAUGAACAACAUGCACCUCAUGUAUGCUCACGAAUGCACUUUGACAUUCAGGAUCGAAACCCUUACUCCAAAGCAUGUUUGGGAAACCAUGAUGGCUGAUGAAGAAGCUGUUGUCCGAGUGUAUGAUGCAGGCAGCAAGACUUUGAAAGAGAAGCCCUUGAAACUCUUGGAAGCCAACAGAACUCCAUACUUACAGCGAGGGUGGUGUAUGGCAGAAAUCGAAUGGUCAUCUCUGAGAGGAGUGAAUGCACAACAUCAACACAUCGACAGGUCGGAGUCUCAAACCCAGGAACCCUUUAAUCUCAAUGGGAGAGUGCCUAUGAUCCCUGAGAAGUUCAGGCAGCAAAUGGAGCAGGCAAAGUUCACCCAUCGCUCGGAUGCUGACGCAGUGAUCUAUUUGCAACAGAAGAUUUUCAGGGAGAAGGUGAUCGAAUGUCAACACUUGGUGUUGGAAGGCCUUCCGGCCCAAGAGAUCUUGGCACUAGCGCAUGCACUCCCACACUACGAAAAUCUGAAGAGCCUGACGGUGAGGAGGUUUCGAUGUGGCGAGGAAGAGGCAACGUCCCUAGGGAAGGCUUUGGCAUCAAGUCAAGUGGAGACGCUUGAAAUCCGUGGCAUCGGUGAAAGUGGCCGCUUCAUGGUGAAGGCUCUCGCGGAAGCCUUGAAGAUCAAUAGCUCCGUGCGGGACAUGAAUUUGGCACUCAAUGAGAUUGGUCCCGAGGGAGCUCAGGCUCUCGCGGAAGCCUUGAAGAUCAAUAGCUCCGUGCGGGACAUGAAUUUGGAACAUAACAAGAUUGGUCCCGAGGGAGCUCAGGCUCUCGCAGAAGCCUUGAAGAUCAAUAGCUCCGUGCGGGACAUGAAGUUGGAAUCUAAUGAGAUUGGUGCCGAGGGAGCUCAGGCUCUCGCAGAAGCCUUGAAGAUCAAUAGCUCCGUGCGGGACAUGAAGUUGGAAUGGAAUGGCAUCGGUCCCGAGGGAGCUCAGGCUCUCGCGGAAGCCUUGAAGAUCAAUAGCUCCGUGAGGGACAUGAAUUUGUUACAGAAUGACAUCGGUGACAAGGGAGCUCAGGCUCUCGCGGAAGCCUUGAAGAUCAAUAGCUCCGUGCGGGACAUGAAGUUGGAAUGGAAUGGCAUCGGUCCCGAGGGAGCUCAGGCUCUCGCGGAAGCCUUGAAGAUCAAUAGCUCCGUGCGGGACAUGAAGUUGGAAUCUAAUGAGAUUGGUGCCGAGGGAGCUCAGGCUCUUGCAGAUGCUUUGCUUCAGACAGUCAGAGACACCUUGGCUGAUGACUUGGACGACGGAGUCAAGGAGAGUGCUGAUCAAGUCCCCGGCAGACGCCCUUUUGAAGCACCGGUUCGUCUUGAGGGCCUAGCCAGAGAUUUGAAGACGAACACUUCCGUGACAAGCAUCAACCUGCUUUGCAGUUUCAUCGACGUUGAGGGAGUGAAGGCACUAGCUGAAGCUUUGAAGACGAACGUUUCCGUGACACGCAUCAAAUUGUGGGGCAAUUCCAUCGGCGAUGAGGGAGUGAAGGCGCUGGCUGAAUUUUUGAAGACGAACACUUCCGUGACAAGCAUCAGCCUUGCUCACAAUCCCAUCGGCGAUGAGGGAGUGAAGGCACUAGCUGAAGCUUUGAAGACGAACGUUUCCGUGACAAGCAUCGAUUUGGGUCGCAAUUCCAUCGGCGAUGAGGGAGUGAAGGCCUUGAAGCAAGUGAUCGAGGAAAAGAAGAAGAUGGGUUUUGAACUUCAUUAA